CUCCAAAACACGACAAGUAGUGAGAGAGAGAAGACAGAGAGAGAGAGAGAGAGAGAGUGCCCCUCCAUGAACACUUGUCUACACCUUCUGCAUUUGAAGUCCCAGUUGUCUCUAUAGUUAUCAAGAGUGAGAGAGAGAGUUUUUUUUGUCUCUGUUCGUGUAGAAGAGAUAUAGAGAGAGAGGUGAGAGAGAGAGAGAGAGAGUUUUUACAGAUGCUCUGGAAAUGGGUAAGGUGGAAGAACAACAACUACAUCUGCGGCAACAGCAGGUUGAGGGGACUCGAUCUCGGAGAUUUAUUGCUUCGACGAUCCUCUGCCAGAGAUGUUCGGUGGGUCUUUCUACAAUCGGCCAAGAAUUCAAUCUCAAAUGCGUCUUCGUUCUGAUUUUCAGCCUCUCUGUGUUCCUCCCUGUCAUAUUUUGGCUUCUUCCUCUUCACUCAUCGCUUUCUGGGUUUGAUGCAAAAUACGCAAUCAAGCACAGUGCUACAGUUCACGCAUACUUCAGAUUGCAAAAGCCAGUUUCAGAGCUAGUUCCAUGCAUUGGAAGAUUAGGGUAUGAUAUCAAUAGCGAAAUAGGUGUCCCUUAUACAAAGGUUGCUGUCCUAUCCAUACACCAAGCUCAUGCAUCUAACUGGACUAAUGUGGUGUUCGGGGUUCUUUCUGAUCCAAUUGACGUUCCAAUAAAUCCAGUGUCCUUAAGUGUGCUGAGAUCAUCUUUAAUAGAGUUGUUCCUUCAGCUAUCCAAUUUGACUUUGACGACUUCGCUUUUUGGGCAACCAACUUCGUUUGAAAUUUUGAAGUUUCCGGGGGGAAUCACUGUGAUUCCUGAUCAGUCUGCUUCCAUUUGGCAGAUAUCUCAGAUCCUCUUUAAUUUUACUCUACCUAAUUCUAUAGAUGAAAUAAAGGAAAAUCUUGGCGAGCUGAAGGAACAACUGAAGUCGGGUUUGCAUCUGAGGUCUUACGAGAAUGUGUAUGUGCAAGUAACGAACACAAUUGGCUCAACGAGAGAUCCUCCGGUUACAGUUCAGGCUGCGAUUAUAUCUGAGCUGGGGAGCCUUCUGCCCCAGAGAUUGAAGCAAUUGGCUCAAGCAAUCACAGGGUCCCCUCCUGCACAGAACCUCGGCCUCAAUAACUCUGUUUUUGGUAAAGUUAAGGAAAUUAGUCUAUCUUGUUAUCUGAACCAUACGAUCGAUGCAACCCCACCAACUCCUUCUCCGGCCCCAGCUCGAGCGCAAAAUGAUUAUGCCCCAGCUCCAGCUCAAAAUGAUUAUGCAGAACCCCCUAUCGCCCCAUCUCCCGAUUUUUCUCCAUCUUACUUUCCAGCUCCUGAGCCUGAUUUUCAUCAUCACUCGCCACCAUGUUUUAACUGUGAUGCUUCGUCACCAUCUGAUGAUAACUACCCAUAUCCACCAAGCCCUGAAGAUGGUCGUCGCCAUUCUUUACCUCCCAUCUCAAAUUCUCCUGCACCUUCAAUGGUAGGUACUCGUCCUUCCCGCCGUAGUCCCCAUUGUGGUUCCAAAAUUCCCCCGAGCCCCUCACCGACAUCUGAUUCUGACACAACUGCUCCUUCAGCCUUUUCACCUUAUGCUCCUAGGUCUUAUCCACCUUCUGUGGGUCCCACACCACAGUUGUCCCCGGAUCUUUCUCCUUUGCCUGUUGUAUCCUAUGGCUCCAGUCCAAGACAGGAGAACGGGAAUGCAAAAGGGCCGGUGUCCCCACCACUUGCCUCGCCCUCAAUCUCGCCAUCCCCGUCAUCUUUUGCAAUACGUCCUUACACGGAGAGUUGGUUAUUUAGUUUCUGCGGGCUCCUCACAUUCCAUCUCCUAUGUUGGUCAAAAUGAUAAAUCGUUCACCGAUGAUGAUACAAUGAACACCCAAUAUCCCAAGCACGUGACGCACGACGGCUUACAGUUUUGCUCUCUCUGGCUAUAGGAUGAUAGAAGCGGUGGUGGAAAGGUAAAUAAGAGUUUAUAGGCGAUCUUAUGAUAAGCAAACAUGUACACGAAUCAACUUGCAGGUCAAAGCCAGCAAGGUGGCAGGCCUCUGAUGUCUACGUUGCGACAUGGCAUGAAAGCAUGUAAUGUUCUUCCAAAUGGAAUGUCUCCAAAGAUGGUAACUAGUCAAGAAGCGUGUACAUAGAACUGCUCCACUUGGGUGACAAGUGUAAAAUAUAUCGGUUCUUUUUGGGCAUCUGCAAAUGAAUGAAUUCAACUGAUGUUCACAAAUUAAUGGAAAUAUGGUAUAUGUUCUACAUUAAAUCAGUAUAUGCUAGAGCCUGGCAUAGUCCGGUAUCAUUGAGGAGAGCUAGUUUAAUUCUUCAAUGAA